AUGCCCUGGCCGAAAGGGAAGCUCCGGCGUGUCAGCGUCACCUCGGCUGGCUUUGGAGGUUCUAUCGGCCACUGCAUCCUCGAUCAUGUCAACAUUGUAUACCCCGACUAUGUCAAGCCAGGCAUUAUGCAAAAGACUGCAAAGCGCAAUGGCAUAGCAAAGCAACGUCCACAGAACGGCAAUGGCGUCAGUGGACGUGUUCAAACUGGCAAUGCAACUGCCAGUCAUGUACAAGGUGGCAACGACACACAUCACGCUUCAACAAACUCAACCCUUUUGAAGAGCAGUAUCUUAAACGGGCAUCAAAAUGGACAUAUCAAUGGUUCUGCAGCAACAAAGCACCAUGCUCCAAUACUGUCUUCACCAACAAGAGUAAGCUCAGCUACUGCCGGCACCCGCCAGCUCGUCCUGCUUCCGUUUUCAGCAAAUGUCAAUGCCUCACUCGAUGCAAAGAUUGCAGUUCUGUCCCAGGUGGUUGACCAGCACUCUUUGGCCGACAUGGCCUAUUCACUGGCGGCCAGACGGUCGAGGUUCACGCAACGGACUUACUGCAUUGUGGAUAAAGACGAUACGGAAAAAGGUCUACUGGAAUUUAAACCACAUGUCUUCUCAAGUCCGUCCGAGGUCCCGCGUCUGGGAUUCAUUUUCACUGAGCAGGGCGCUCAAUGGCACGCCAUGGGAGCAAAGCUCUUCGAGUACCACGGUUUCCGCACAGCCAUUGAGUAUUUGGACUAUGUCCUUGGUACCCUGACCUUGGCCCCAUCCUGGACUAUCAAAGACCUUUUGUCUGGAAACUGCGAUGUUGACGCCAUGCAGAGACCUGAUAUCUCACAAAGUGCGUGUACGGCCGUCUAA